CUCCCCCUUGAACUUCUCAGAGGCUCCUCCCAGUAACAAAUCAAGAUGUGAUAGCAUUUAAGAAUAGGACACCGAGAGCUACAAAACAGAUUUCAGCGGGGGAGCUCACAUGAUCAAAGAGAUGGAUGAGGACAGUGGUCUGUCAGUCAGCUGUGGCAACGGCAAACUGAGACAGUGGCUGAUCGAUCAGAUUGACAGUAGGAGAUAUCCCGGCCUGGUUUGGGAAAACGACGACAAAAGCAUUUUUCGGAUUCCGUGGAAACACGCAGGCAAACAAGACUAUAACAGAGAGGAGGAUGCUGCGCUCUUCAAGGCAUGGGCAAUGUUCAAAGGGAAAUAUAAGGAAGGUGUGGACAAGCCAGAUCCCCCCACAUGGAAAACUAGACUACGCUGUGCUCUUAAUAAAAGCAAUGACUUUGAUGAGUUAGUAGAAAGAAGCCAACUGGACAUCUCAGAGCCCUACAAAGUCUACAGAAUCAUUCCAGAAGGAGCCAAAAAAGGAAUGAAGAUGAACAGUAUGGAGGAGACAUCAUCACAUGUAAAUGCCCUCAGCUAUAUUCCUCCCUAUGCAUCUCUGCACAACCAGGUACCAGGCUAUAUGGUUUCUCCAGAGAGAAGGGAUUGGAGGGAUUAUCCACCAGCAGAGCAACAACCCCUUCCUCCUCCACAUCACCAUGGGACACAUGCAGAGCUGCAGUACAGUCAGUGCCACUACCCGUCACAGAUCAGCCGGGCUUGGCCUGGGUCACACUCAGAAAAUGGUUUUCAGCUCUCCUUCCACACCUACUUUUCAGAGUCGCAACCACCCAUGUAUACAAUGGACCACAACAAUCCAGUAACAGAUUUCAGCCUGCAUGUGUCCCUAUACUACAGAGAGUCUCUGGUGAAGGAAGUUACCACCACCAGCCCAGAAGGCUGCCGGAUCACCUCUUCCUCCUCCUCCUCUCCAUCAUCUUCUUCCCCCUCUCCCCCGAGCCCAGAGGACAAAUUUCACAGUGGGGCAGAAAUCAUCCUUUUCCCAUUCCCAUACCCAGAGUCUCAGAGGCAGGGUGCUGAGAUGCUCCCUAAUGUACUGGAAAGGGGGGUGCUUCUGUGGAUGAUGCAUGAUGGGUUGUACGCUAAGCGCCUGUGCCAGGGACGAGUAUACUGGGAGGGACCUCUGGCUCCAUUUAUGGACAAACCCAACAAGCUGGAGAAGGAUCAGCCAUGCAAACUGUUUGACACCCAGCAAUUCCUUAUCGAGCUUCAAGAUUUUGCCCACAAUGGCCGACAUGUACCAAGACACCAGGUGGUUCUAUGUUUUGGAGACGAGUAUCCCGACCCACAGCGGCCAAGGAAGAUGAUCACAGCACAGGUGGAGCCAGUGUUUGCCAGAAAACUGGUGUACUAUUACCAGCAGAACAAUGGCCACUACCUGCGGGGUUACGAUCACGUCCCGGAACAGAACACACCUACACCAAUCGAUUAUCCUUCCCAGAGACCUCUACAGCAUAUUCAGGAGUGACAAGCAUGCACAAACACACAUGCAUGCACACACACACACACAGACACACACACACACACACACACACGCUGGAGCGGAUGAAGGUGAAUGUAAACCGCUGACCGUUUAUCGUGCUUUGUGACUGCAGUGCUGUGUACUGUAAAUGAUAGAAACUGUCAUGCCAGAGAUGGGGAAGACCCUGUCAUUUUCACAUGUACACCUAUGCGUCGUACUAGUCUUUGUGUCUGUGACUGUGGGGUAAUGUCUUUUUUUUUUUUUCACUAAAAGUAUUAUUGUGACAGUGUGAAGGAUGCGGUUUGAGGGUGGGGGGUGGGGGGUAGUGGGGGGUGUGGAGGGCGCCUGAGACAGGAAGCACUAGCACAGGUGCACAGGAAGAAUGGCCCCUAAGACAAACACCAAUAUGUCAAAGUAAUAAAACAGAGUAUGAAUGAAUACCCGCAUGCAUUUUCACAGGUAACAGCUGACAAUGUUAUUGUCAUUAUCUAUCUAAGACUCACAUACUGAAGUGACACUCUCCCUUUUAAACUCAGUCGACAGACCUCUUUCAUCAUCCGCAGUGCUUGAUGUGCAGAAAAAAACAACAACAAAAAAACAAACCAACAAACAAAACUAUUUCCUUCCAGUGAACAGUCAAGGACGUCAGUGCUAAGACCACUGUAGACCUGAAUUCUGGUUUUCUUUGCAAAAAAAAAACAAAAAUUAUGCAACUGGAAUGUGAGAUAAAUCACUGGCUUGGUGGUGAAGUAAAGGAAGCUCUUAUCACAAAUCGUUUCCCUCUUGGCUGCUACAUAUAUUACAGCAUGUGUACAAAAAUCUGUUUCUACUGAAUCUGCUCAGCUUUUAAAAACACAAGAUUCCUUUGACUUCUGCUCAAAUAAUCAAGUAAAAUUAGAAGAUUAGUGGAAAGCUGCUCACUAAAAUUAUGUCAUAUUUGUACAAUGACAAUAAAGAUUUUGAUUCAGAACCUGAAAAAAGGCAGUUUGUAGGUGGUACUCAAAUGAAUUAUUCUGAUUGUGGUGGAUAAAGACUAAAUCCCUUAUGUCCACUUUACAUACAUGGCAAUUUGCUGUACUGUAUUAUAUUUCUAAGCUGCCAGUUAUUCACAGGUUUUGAAUUUUGACAGUAAUUUCAAGCCAUUCACGGUUUGUUUACAUAUUUGUCUGAUGAUUGUUAUCAUUAGAAAAUUAAAUUGUCAAUUAAGACAGAAGUGCAGACAGCUUUGGAAUGAAAGACUUUAAGAAAAACAUAUUGUAGUCACUUUCCUUCUCUCAUACAUACUGAAAAGGGAAAGCACAGGAUUGUCUACAGUGGCUCCAGGCCCCUCCAAGGGGUCAGAAGAUAAUUUAAUUAGGGGUCCAACUACUAUAUAUAUUUUUUUAAAUCAUUAAUUCAAAAGUUGUCUGCACUUCUACCUUAAUGAUGAUUAAGAUGAUUAUAGAGAUAACGAUUUAAAAAAUAUAUAUUUAUUCAUUGGACUUUUCUCAAAUUAUCCCCAUUUUCUUGUGAAAUACUAUAUGGUUGUAAUUCUUCAGAUGAAACACUCUGAUCUGAGAACCCAUUUAUUAGCAACUGAACUUCUCACAACUUAUACACACGAAAUUUGUGAUGUGGGUUUGUAUGUAAAAUUGCUCUGUAUUAAGUGCUCACAAGCAAAUCAGGUUGGGGAGCAGAGGCUAACAAUCACCUUAUCAGAGAGCAGCUUGGGGCUCAAGGCCUGUAUGUGUCAUCAGAAAAAACUGGCCGCAGUGGGUGGUCUUGACCUGACUGGAUUGUAGGAAGUUAACUGGAAAAAUGACACUCAUCCCGUAACUUGCAAGGAACCCGUACCUGUUCCUCUUCACCUGAAACUAGCGACCUCACAAACGGGAAGGAAAACUACCUUUGUGGUCUGCGUGCAGGUUCAGUCAGGGAAGAGCUCUCUGGUUCCCAUCCCCACAACACCGCAAAGGCCCGUUGGAUGUAACAUCCAUUAAAAUCUAUCCCACGAGUUCAGCAAAAUGUAAUUUACCUGUGUAGGAAUGUGUAUGCAGCAUAAGACAUAAAAUGCAAAAUUCACUAAUGGAAUUUCUGGUCAUGUUGAAGUCCUAAAGGCUGAUGCAGCAGUAGGAGGGAUAAAGGUUGUGUUAUGUUUUUCUUCUGUGGUCCAGAGUUUCGAUCUCUGCAUUUACUUCCUUCACACUUAAACCACAUCACUUUCACAAUGGCUUCAAAUGUCUGACCAAAAUCACAGGCAGGAAUGUUUUUCUUUGUGUGUGUGUGUGUGUAUGUGUGUGUGAACCAUAAAUCCUUUUUCCCCUCAAACAUCUAGUUGUACCCCUGAUUGUCAGCCAGAUGAAAAUUGAGUUUCAGAGUCAGACGUUUGACUCAGUCAAAAUAAAAUCCUAAUAGUGAAAAUGUUACCAGGUCAAGAUAUAGUGCGCUGUUGUGGGAAACACUGUGUGUGUGUGUGUGUGUAGUAAAGCACCAUGUGUGCGUGUGUGUAGGUGGGUUCAUGUGUGUUAGUUGUGGUAUUACUGUUAUCAGGAAUUGACAUUUAUGGACUCAGGAUAAAACAUGUGACUCCCCCACCUACAGCAUCAGUGACUCAAACACAGACACACACACACAUCCAUCUCACAUUACAGUUACAGUAAACCAUUGAGAGUGAGCUGGAGAGGAAAUUGUGUGUGUGUGUGUGUGCAUAAUGAAAAAAAAUGUUGUUAAUUUUUGCAAGAACAAAAAUAAUCAGAUUGAUUAAUAUAAAACUGCCACAUACAUAGAUGAUUUAUUUUGAAAUAAACAUAUGAAUCUGUGA